AUGAGGCUGAGCCCCGUCUCUGAAUCACGGCAUCUGAGGGUUGUGCUCAGUGGGGCAGAUUCUUGCCUUGGGGUGAGGCAGGACUUGCCUUGGGUGAGGCUGAGGAGCCUCCUUGGACAAGGCAGGAGCAUCUCUUGCUGGGCAUGAGAUACAGUCUGUGCUCUUACAGAGCCUGUGCUGCUGGCUGUGAUGCCUUGUGAUCACUGUGUGGCAAUUUGUCAUCCCCUCUGCUAUGCCCUCAUUAUGACCUGGAGGAUGUGCCUCCCCCUUGCAGCACUUUCAUGGGCUUUUGGGUUCAUAGUUGGUUUGCUAAAAGCUUCUCUGGCUUUACACCUGCCCUUUUGUGGUCCCUCUGAGGUUGGGCACUACUACUGUGAAAUCCUUUUUGUCUUAAAGCUGACUUGCACUGGCACUAGUGUCUGUGAAGCCCUGAUAUUUGAAGCUUGUGUGUGCUUCCUCCCCUUCCCUUUAGACUUAAUCCUGAUUUCGUACCUGCACAUCAUGGCCACCAUGCUGCCCAUCUGCUGAGAACCAGGAUGGUACAAAAGCUUCUCAGCGUGCAACUGCCUCCUAACUGGGGUUGCUCUGUUCAAUGGAAAUGCCAUCUCUGUGUGCAUGGUGCCUGGCAGUAAUUCCUCUGAGGUGGUGUUUUCCCUUUUCUACAGUCUCCUCAGUCCCACUUUGAAAUCCCUGAUCUAGAGUGUGAGGAAGAAGCUCCAGAAAAGGAACAGAGACUUUCAUUCUGCAUAG